UCACUUGAUACCGCUGACGAUUGGCUCAUUGAGGAGAUGCCUUGAUAUCGUUCUCAGCUACAGUUUGAUCAACUUUCGGAAGGUGGCUGGUAGUGAAACCCAGUAGAUGUGGAUUUUUGUGGUAAUCAACACCGUGUUCCAAUUUCAGCGUGAAUAUCAACAUUACAAUGUAUAUUCAUGCAGUAGGGCAGAACACUUGACAGUACAGCUCAUUACAAACAUGACCGACCUUAGCAUUUCAAAAUCAGUAACCGAAUAUGGUUGUACCAAAAGCGCAGACAAACUUCAUCAGUAUAUAUAUCAUCAUUCACUACGUCUGUCUGAAGCACAAAAGUGGUUAUUACAAGAGACCAGUAAACAUCCACUGUCAAGAAUGCUUAUCUCUAGCAUAGAAAUGCAACUUCUAUCAAAUUUGUGUUAUGCGAUAAAUGCUAGAAGGACACUUGCUAUUGGAACUUAUACUGGAUAUAGUGCAUUGUCUAUCGCAGAAGUAUUGCCGUCAGAUGGACGUGUAGUUGCCUUGGAUAAAACGGAUGAAUAUUUGAAAGACUAUUGUUUGCCAGCAUGGAAGAAGGCAGGUGUAGAAUCGAAAAUUGACUUCCGACACGGUUCAGAUGUUCAAAUACUACAAAAUUUGAUUGAUAAUGGAGAGAGUGAAACAUUCGAUUUUGCCCUGAUCGAUGGUGAAAAAGAAAAUUAUAGUAAAUAUUACGAAUUAUGUUUAAAACUAGUUCGACCUCGUGGAAUCAUCGCCAUUGAUAAUGUUCUAUGGAGGCAGCGUGUGCUCGACGAGAAUGAUAACAGCUCUGAAACUGUCGGUAUAAGAGAAAUGAAUGCAUUGAUAGCUAGAGAUAACUCUGUUCGAAUUUCUCUCUUAAGAACUGGAGAUGGAUUGACAAUUGUUGUGAAGAAUUGAUUCAUGUUAUGACUGUUUUCAGAAUGGUUACAUCCAUACAGACACACAUAUAUUUGAUUGAUUAACCGAAUUGCUUUGAUUGCUUUCGCACAUAAAUAUUUCCCAUUACUAAGCUGUCAGUUUCAAUCAUCACUGCAUAUGUAUGUUGUUGUAAUAAAACAUUUCUCUGAAGGGUUUCUGUAUAUUA